GUGCGUGCGAGGUGAGGACUUUAGCCACUAGGCUGCCGCGCCAAUCCCCCCUGCACAUCUCUAAUGGGAGUCUCUCAGGUCUGGGAAUUGGAUGAGAAGCUGUGAUUCUUUCCUGUGGUUUCUGAACAUCUGGUUUGAGACUUGUUAUUACGUUGAGUAAGCUGUACUAAAUUCUUAGGCUGGCAGUGUGGUCCAUUGGACACACUUGGUCCCAAACCUAUUUUUGCAAAUGACUUUAUUGCAGCCGAGCUGUGCUCAUUUCUUAACACAUUGUGUGUGUGUGUGUGUGUGUGUGUGUGUGUGUGUGUCUCUUCAUAAUGGCCUAGUAGAAUAUUCACAGCAAGCAUUCUGGCUCAAGAGUACCAGACUGUUCUAUAGCUCAUAGCUCUGAUUAUCUGCCCCUUUUAAGCUUCUAGUGUGACUUUAGCAUGCUGUCCUCAGUCAAGGCCAGCAGCAGUCAGUACUCGUUAGAGUGUGCUGGUUUGUAGCGGCUCUCCCACGUAUGACAAGCUGAAGUGCGCCAGGUGUGAUGUUUGAUGACAGUUAACUGCUUGUUGAUUCAUCUUGACAGGAAUCCAGAUAGUCCACCCACAAGGAGCAGAGAUCGCCACUGUCCAGUUAAAUUCCAGACUGCCCUGACGUGUCCGUGGACCUGGUGACCUUCGAGGAUGUGGCUGUGGCCUUCACCCAGGAGGAGUGGGCUUUGCUGGACGCAGCUCAGCGAAGCCUCUACCGAGAGGUGAUGCUGGACAACUAUGAGAACCUGGCCACAGUGGCAUGCCAGCUCAGUAAACCCAGCCUGAACUCUUGUCUGGAGGAGGACGAAGAGUUGAGGACGACGGAGAGAGGCGUUCUUCAAGAAUGGGAAAUACACCUUAAGAACAAGGGACCAGCACUUUGGCAGGACAUUUUUUGGUCACACAGUCCAAACGGGAUGCAACUGGCAAGAAGCCAGAAUGGAGUGGGACUCUGUGACUCUAAUGCUUAUAGUGAAGUCUUCAGAGAGUGCCUGGGCCUUCUGACACUCCUGAGUGCUCCAAAUAGGAGGGACACAUGUCCAUAUGGUCAGCAUGCAGAAGGCAUCCCUACUCUGCUCAAGAACCCUGGAGAGAGCUUUCCAGUGUUCAGUGAGGAUGGGAAAGACUUGAGUGUGACCCGGCGUGUUUACCAGACUGCGUGCAGCGACCACGGCCCAGCCCUCGCAGCCCCAGCACACUGUCAGGCGUGUGGGAAGACCCACAGUGCUGGGGAGCUGUCUGCCUGGAAGCAGUGUGCUAGCACUUUCCCCUCCUCCGUUAGCCACGCAGAUAUACGUGUGCAGGCAGGCACCAGAAGAAAAUCCCACGAGUGUGAGGAGUGUGGGAAAAGUUUCAGGUACUCCGCCAACCUUAAUAUUCACAUGCGAACCCACACGGGGGAGAAACCUUACCAGUGUAAGGAAUGUGGGAAAGCCUUCUCUAGGUUUUACCCAUUAACUCAACAUCUGAAAACUCACACAGGAGAGAAGCCCUUUGAAUGCAAGGUAUGUGGAAAAUGCUUUAGAAAUUCCUCCUGCCUCAACGACCACUUCCGCGUUCACACCGGAUUAAAGCCAUAUAAAUGCAAGGACUGCGGCAAGGCUUUCACUGGGCGCUCUGGUCUCAGUAAACACUUGCCGACUCACACUGGAGAGAAGCCGUACGCAUGCAAGGAGUGCGGGAAAGCCUUCACCACAUCCUCGGGCCUUAUCAAGCACGCGCAGACACACACGGGGGAGAGGCCCUUCGAGUGCUACCAGUGCGGCAAGGCCUUCGCCUCCUCCUCCUCUCUCAUUACCCAUCUGAGAAUCCACACCGGAGAGAAGCCUUUCGAGUGUCACGCGUGUGGGAAGGCAUUCACGUGUUCCUCCUACCUUCGUAUCCACAUGCGUACUCACACCGGAGAGAGGCCCUACACCUGCAAGGAGUGUGGGAAGGCCUUCACGGAGCGCACGUGCCUCACCAAGCAUUUGCGAACACACACUGGGGAGAACCCCUUCGCGUGCAGCAUGUGUGGGAAGGCAUUUGCGUGUUCGUCCUACCUGCAGAACCACGUGCGAACUCACACCGGGGAGAAGCCUUACAUCUGUAAGGAGUGCGGGAGAGCCUUCACCGUCUCCUCACAUCUCAGCAAACAUACAAGAAUUCACACCGGAGAGAAGCCCCAUAAGUGUAAGGACUGUGGGAAGGCCUUCACCGUGCGCUCGGGCCUCACCAAACACUUGCGGACACACACCGGGGAGAAGCCCUACAUGUGCAAGGAGUGCGGGAAAGCCUUCACCACGUCCUCCGGCCUCAUUGAGCACGCACGGAUCCACACGGGGGAGAAGCCCUUCGAGUGUUACCAGUGCGGCAAGGCCUUCGCCUCCUCCUCCUAUCUCAUCGCCCAUCUGAGAAUCCACACCGGGGAGAAGCCCUUCGAGUGUCACGCGUGUGGGAAGGCAUUCACGUGUUCCUCCUACCUGCAGAACCACAUGCGUACUCACACCGGAGAGAAACCUUACGUGUGUAAGGAGUGUGGGAAGGCCUUCACCGUGUAUUCACACCUCAGUAAACAUGUGAGGACUCACAGUGCGGAGAAGGCCCACAAACAGAAAGCGUGCGGGCAAGCGUCCAGGAAUCCUGCCCAUCUUUCUGAAUGCCUGCAGACACGCUGGGGGGAAAACCUUUGCAGGUGAGGAACGGAGUCCUCAGGCCUCAGCACUUUCGAGUUCUGAUCCAGAGGGGCCGUGCUCAUUGCCAAGACUGAAAACGUAGCUGAAGAUGUCCCAUGCAUCUCAGGAACACGGGAAAGCUGCUGGCAUCUCCUGUCUGUCCAGCAGGUAAGGCUGCAUGUGCAAGCCAUCCGGUGGUCCAGAACAUGGAAAGCCCUUACCAGUGCUUGGGGUCUUGCUCAGUGUGAGCUCUACAGUGGAGAGAAAGCCUAAACCUGUAAGAUGUGGCCAAGCUUAGGCCUGAGUGCUUUGAGGUUCACAGUGGUCAGCCAUGUCAGAACGUCGCUUUCAAGUGACAUGUUCUUCAGGGUUCGCAUGGGACAUGAAAAAUGCUCCCCUGUGUUCAAGAGCAUGGAUGUCUUGGCUUUAUGGAUUUAUUUUGAACAUCCGAUUGUUUGAAUAUUUGAAGUGUUUUUAAAAAUAUCUGUGUUUUAAACUUCUCUGCUACAUCCAAUCUCUACUACAGUUUUCCUUUUAAGGUGCAUAGCCAGGUGGUGACAUACGUAUACAUUGUGAAACUGAAUAAAAUAUUCCUUGCUUGACAUUGUGAUGUUUUAUUUUUGGUGUUUUGAAAACUCUUUUGCCUUAGGAGGUUUUAGGUAUGUAGCAUUAAGUGUG